GCCGCUGCUCUCCAGACCCAGGAUGCCGGGGGGCAAGAGAGGGCUGGUGGCACCGCAGAACACAUUUUUGGAGAACAUCGUCAGGCGCUCCAGUGAAUCGAGUUUCUUACUGGGAAACGCCCAGAUUGUGGAUUGGCCAGUAGUUUAUAGUAAUGACGGUUUUUGCAAACUCUCUGGCUAUCAUCGAGCUGACGUCAUGCAGAAAAGCAGCACUUGCAGUUUUAUGUAUGGAGAAUUGACUGACAAGAAGACCAUUGAGAAAGUGAGGCAGACUUUUGACAACUACGAGUCAAAUUGCUUUGAAGUUCUUCUGUACAAGAAAAACAGAACCCCUGUUUGGUUUUAUAUGCAAAUUGCACCAAUAAGAAAUGAACAUGAAAAGGUGGUAUUGUUCCUAUGUACUUUCAAGGAUAUUACGUUGUUCAAACAGCCAAUAGAGGAUGAUUCAACAAAAGGUUGGACAAAAUUUGCCCGAUUGACACGGGCUUUGACAAAUAGCCGAAGUGUUUUGCAGCAGCUCACGCCAAUGAAUAAAACAGAGGUGGUCCACAAACAUUCAAGAUUAGCUGAAGUUCUUCAGCUGGGAUCAGAUAUCCUUCCUCAGUAUAAGCAAGAAGCGCCAAAGACGCCACCACACAUUAUUUUACACUAUUGUGCUUUUAAAACUACUUGGGAUUGGGUGAUUUUAAUUCUUACCUUCUACACCGCCAUUAUGGUUCCCUAUAACGUUUCCUUCAAAACGAAGCAGAACAACAUAGCCUGGCUGGUGCUGGACAGUGUGGUGGACGUUAUAUUUUUGGUUGACAUUGUUUUAAAUUUUCACACGACUUUUGUGGGACCUGGUGGAGAGGUCAUUUCUGACCCCAAGCUGAUAAGGAUGAAUUAUCUGAAAACUUGGUUUGUGAUCGAUCUGUUGUCUUGUUUACCUUAUGACAUCAUCAAUGCCUUUGAAAAUGUGGAUGAGGGAAUCAGCAGUCUCUUCAGUUCUUUAAAAGUGGUGCGUCUCUUGCGACUGGGCCGUGUUGCUAGGAAAUUGGACCAUUACCUAGAGUAUGGAGCCGCAGUCCUCGUGCUCCUGGUAUGUGUGUUUGGACUAGUUGCCCACUGGCUGGCCUGCAUAUGGUACAGCAUUGGGGACUAUGAGGUCAUCGAUGAAGUGACGAACACGAUCCAAAUAGACAGUUGGCUCUACCAGCUGGCCUUGAGCAUUGGGACUCCGUAUCGAUAUAAUACCAGUGCAGGGAUAUGGGAAGGAGGACCCAGCAAGGAUUCUCUGUACGUGUCCUCUCUCUACUUUACCAUGACAAGCCUUACAACCAUAGGAUUUGGAAACAUAGCUCCUACCACCGAUGUGGAGAAGAUGUUUUCAGUGGCCAUGAUGAUGGUUGGCUCUCUUCUUUAUGCAACCAUUUUUGGAAACGUUACCACAAUUUUCCAGCAAAUGUAUGCCAACACCAACCGAUACCAUGAGAUGCUGAAUGUACGGGACUUUCUGAAACUGUAUCAGGUCCCCAAAGGCCUUAGUGAACGAGUCAUGGAUUAUAUCGUCUCAACAUGGUCCAUGUCAAAAGGCAUUGACACAGAGAAGGUUCUCUCCAUCUGUCCCAAGGACAUGAGAGCUGAUAUCUGUGUUCAUCUAAAUCGGAAGGUUUUCAAUGAACACCCUGCUUUUCGAUUGGCCAGUGAUGGGUGUCUGCGCGCCUUGGCGGUAGAGUUCCAAACGAUUCACUGUGCUCCUGGGGACCUCAUUUACCAUGCUGGAGAAAGUGUGGAUGCCCUCUGCUUUGUGGUGUCAGGAUCCUUGGAAGUCAUCCAGGAUGAUGAGGUGGUGGCUAUUUUAGGGAAAGGUGACGUAUUUGGAGACAUCUUCUGGAAGGAAACCACCCUCGCUCACGCAUGUGCCAAUGUCCGAGCACUAACAUACUGUGACCUCCACAUCAUCAAGCGAGAAGCCUUGCUCAAAGUCCUGGACUUUUAUACAGCUUUUGCAAACUCAUUCUCAAGGAAUCUCACUCUUACUUGUAAUCUAAGGAAACGGAUCAUUUUCCGAAAAAUCAGUGACGUGAAGAAAGAGGAAGAGGAGCGCCUCCGGCAGAAGAAUGAGGUCACCCUCAGCAUUCCCGUGGACCACCCCGUCCGAAAGCUCUUCCAGAAGUUCAAGCAACAGAAGGAGCUGCGGAAUCAGGGGUCAACACAGAGCGACCCCGAGCGCAACCAGCUCCAGGUAGAAAGCCGCUCCUUACAGAACGGAGCUUCCAUCACGGGCACCAGUGUGGUCACCGUGUCACAGAUCACACCCAUCCAGACAUCGCUGGCCUACGUGAAAACCAGUGAGUCCCUCAAGCAAAACAACCGCGACGCCAUGGAACUCAAGCCCAACGGCGGUGCUGACCCCAAAUGUCUCAAAGUCAACAGCCCCAUAAGGAUGAAGAACGGAAAUGGGAAAGGAUGGCUGCGACUCAAGAAUAACAUGGGCGCCCAUGAGGAGAAAAAGGAAGACUGGAAUAACGUCACGAAAGCGGAGUCCAUGGGGCUAUUGUCAGAGGACCCCAAGGGCAGCGAUUCAGAGAACAGCGUUACCAAAAACCCAUUAAGGAAAACAGAUUCUUGUGACAGUGGGAUUACAAAAAGUGACCUUCGUUUGGAUAAGGCCGGGGAGGCCCGAAGUCCGCUGGAGCACAGCCCUAUUCAGGCUGAUGCCAAGCACCCCUUUUAUCCCAUCCCAGAGCAGGCCUUACAAACCACACUGCAGGAAGUCAAACAUGAACUCAAAGAGGACAUCCAGCUGCUAAGCUGCAGAAUGACUGCCCUGGAAAAGCAGGUGGCAGAAAUUUUAAAACUACUCUCAGAAAAAAGCGCGCCCCAGACCUCUUCUCCCAAAUCCCAGAUGCCACUCCAAGUACCUUCCCAAAUACCAUGUCAGGAUAUUUUUAGUGUUUCAAGGCCUGAGUCACCUGAAUCUGACAAAGAUGAAAUCCACUUUUAA